CUUUGAAGGCUUCAUUUGAGAUUCUUGUUCUGUGUAUACUUUUGUUAUUGCUCAUUUUGCUGACAGGUGAUCAGAAAAUACUGUUAGAUUGCCAUAUAGCAUGCAGUAGAUUGUGGUCAUUCAUUCGCUUUGCGUCGUUCCACGUUGUUUGGUGUACCUUAACGCUUGAUACCCCAUAUUCGUCCUUCUUUUUUGUCUUGAUAAAAACCAAAGAUUCGAGAAUGGCUAAGACGACUUCAUUUCCAGCAUCGUUGAACACCCUGUUCGAUGAUGCAUCACUCAAGGGCCAGUAUGAGCCUGUCCGUCUGGCCGAUGCAGAGGUGGUCCCGAUCCUCGAACUGCCACUUGCAAAGGAGGUAUUUGGCCAGACUCACUCUGAUGAGGAUGCUAUCAAGAAGCGCUCGCAACUACUGCAUAUCGGUCUUGCGGCUCUCUUUUCCUUUCUGCAGUCCAACGUUACUGGACCUGCAUUGAAAUUCAACCCGGCAGAUGUUAUCCUUCCGUCAGCUCUACGAUCUGAAAUAGCUACUCUCCGUGAUGUUCGGGAUCAAAUCAUCCGUGGACUUACUGUGGAUGGAGAGGCAGCGUAUAAGCUGACCCCCAACGUGGAGCUGUUCGCUGUUGCUAAGGCUAUCUUGAAUGCUGACGUCUCGGUGGCUGAUGGCCCCGUCGUCGCAAGGACUGCUCGGAUGCGCGUCAACUUUCUGCACCAGAAGAUGCUCUCGGAAGUUACCAGUACAUUGCAGGAUGUUAUCUACGCGGAUCUGGAUGAGCUAUCGAAGGUGUUGCUUGGUGAGGGUUCGACGUUCACCCCGCAAGAGAAGAGCCGUUUCUUGCUCGAGAGGGCUACGGUUCAUACUCACCAUGGAUUCGAUGCUAAGGCCCGUGCGGAUCUUGAGCGUGCUGCUGCGGAAAGGCAUUUCGAGUUCGCGUUGACUGGACGGAUGGGAAAGAGGACUAAGUUCCAGGAUCGUGAUAUCAGUCAGCUAGUUAUCCUGGCUAAGAGUGCGGAUGAAAACACAGCUACUGAAAUCGCUGCUCCAGAGUCUAGAAAGAAGGAUGACUCGCAACCCUCUGGUCCGAAGAACCUUGAUCUGAACGAUGAUACCCUUUUGGAGUCUAUUUCUUUCACCAAGGAGCCAGAACCUCAGGAGAAGUCGAUGACAGUUCAGGAUGAAUCCGGUCUUUCCCCUGCGCUAGCCUCAAUUGAUGCUAGCGAUCAGCCGAUUCUCGACGCCGUCGACUCUUCCAUUUUGCUUGCAUUGGUGUCAGCAAUCACGAACACUACGCCUGAGAACGGUCUUACUCGCGAGGAGACUCAACCGUACGCCACUCGUGUCCUGGAGGGUGGCAGCUCGAACUGGCAGGUAUACACACAGGCAUUGUUGCUCCGCAGUCGGAUCGAGGGUUACCGGUCACGAACGGUUGAGAGAGCUGUCCUGCAGAUGCAAGCUCUUGUGGAUCAGGUCAUCGCAGACACCGCUAGUCUCGACGCACAAACUGGAGAGGAAUCUACCGAGGAACCCUCAACCUUCCUUCCCAGGCCCGAAAAGUCCGAAUCGGCAUCCGCUGCUGAACGACUCGAGUAUAUCUGGCUCUUGAGUUUCUCGACAAGAUGGGAUCUCGAAGCUGAACUUGCCAAGCGUUGGGUCGACCUUGGAGGCCUGCGAACUGCACUUGAAAUCUACGAGCGGCUUCAAAUGUGGGCGGAAGCUGCCCUCUGCUACGCCGCUACAGAGAGAGAAGAAAAAGCCAGGCAGAUGAUCCGCGGACAGCUCUACGAACCCACCAACAAAGAUGAACCAGCAGGCGACAACGAGACAUUCGAAGGCCCAGAACUGUCGCCCCUCCCCGCAAACGCGCCCCGCUUGUUCUGUAUCCUGGGUGACAUCGACACGGACCCAGCCAUGUACGAACGCUCAUGGGAGGUCUCUGGUCAGCGCUACGCCCGUGCCCAGCGUUCUCUAGCUCGUCACUAUCUCACCAUGAAGCCGCCAGCGCUGGAGAAGGCAGAAGAAGCGUACCGCAAGAGUCUUCAUAUCAACCGCAUUAACCACGGCGCUUGGUUCGCCCUGGGCUGUGUCCAGCUAGAGCUCAAGCACUGGGAAGACGCCGUCGACUCUUUCGCCCGCACCGUCCAGCUCGAAGAAAGCGACGCAGAGGCAUGGAGUAACCUGGCAGCAGCCAUUCUCCGCACAUCCAAACCUGCUGACGACACAUCCGAAGACCCCGUCGCAAACCCACCAGCAGAAGCCAAUGCUGACGCCGAUGCCGAUUACGAAACCACACCCGCGCCCGCGCCCCAAGAUCCCUUCAGGCGCAAGCGCGAAGCCCUCACUGCCCUCCAACGCGCCGCCCAACUCAAGCACGAAGACCCCCGCAUCUGGGAUAACAUCCUCACCGUCGCUGCCUCGAUCCCACCACCCUACACCCCCUUCCGCGACGUCAUCAACGCCCAAUGCCGACUCAUCGAAUUCCUUGGUCCCAAGAAGGGCGAGAAAAGCAUCGACCAUCCUAUCCUAGGCAUGCUUGUCGAUCACCUAGUUACUGUCUACGACUACGAAGACCUUGUCAUUAACGUGGAUGAGCAAGAUCCUGACUCCGAACGCGUCGUUCGUAGCGGUACUAUCCCCGGCCAGAUCCUCUCACUAAUUGACAAUUCCGUUAUCCCGCUUAUCACGCACUCCCCGUCGCUGUGGCUACUCGUCGCCCGUCGAUUGGUGCGCGAUGGAUACGCGAAGUACGGACCUAUGGAUAAGGAGGGGCAGGCUGAUGAUGGAGAGGAGAUGGUGGCGAGAGAUUGGAGGUUUAAGAGCAGGAGUGCUGUUAGAGGAAUUCUGGGCAAGGGGAAGGAUUUCUGGGAGGAUAGUGAGGGGUGGGGUCGGUUGAAGGAGUUGCAGAAUCAACUAUCAGGAUAG